UCUUUAGUCUUUACCAUCUUCUAUCAGAAUUUUUUACUGCGUAAUCUCACUUAUCAGCUUCUGGGAUUUUGAUAUUUCUGAAUUUCUUGACAUUCUUGCAAUAAAGAUUCUAUUUUGAGCUGUUUUGUAACUGCAUAUGUGCAUAUAUUAGACUACAAUGAAGAGGAUUAAUGUUGAGUUUUGUCUUUUUGCUUGCUUAAAUGAAGAAAAUGGUGAUAGCUUUUCUCAUUAUUUUUUAGCUGGAAUUGAUUCUGUGAGAAUGUGCACCGCAAAAGCCUAUUCGAAGUUGGUUUUAUUGUGCUUUUCUUGAUUUGUGAUGGGCUCUCCUCUAUCAUCUCCGUGGUUAUAAAGAUUUCUGCUUUUUCUUUUUCCAUUGCUUCCUUUUUUGUCUUGCUUUCUCUAUCGUUUUCAGGGUUCCCUUAUCUUUUUCCAUUUAUGCAAAGUGGUGUAUGCUAAGUCCAGCCCGUGCACACUGUUUUACAUCCCAAUUUCACACUUUGAAAUUCAAAUAUAAAUAACAUGUGACAAUGUGAUCUUCAUUUCAUUGCUAGGAGUUCAGUUUCAAUCACUCGGACACAUUUUCUCGUGCAUUGAUUCGCUAUAAAAUCGAAGCGAGCUAUGAGCUUCAAUAGCUCUGCAGGGGGUGGCCAAUCAUCUCGGACAACAUAUGAGUUUGGAAGGACUCAUGUCAUCAGGCCAAAAGGGAGGCAUCAAGCAACAAUAAUUUGGCUACAUGAUCUUGGUGAUAAAGGGUCGAGCUGGUCUCAGCAAUUGGAAAGCCUUCCUCUUCCGAAUGUAAAGUGGAUAUGCCCAACUGCUCCUACUCGUCCAGUUUCUUUAUUUGGGGGAUUUCCUUGCACGGCUUGGUUCGAUGCACAGGAUCUUUCAGAGGAUGCACCGGACGAUUUACAAGGAUUAGAUGCAUCAGCAGCACAUGUUGCUAAUCUCCUAUCAACAGAGCCUGCCAACAUCAAACUUGGUAUUGGUGGCUUUAGUAUGGGUGCUGCCACUGCUCUUUACUCCGCCACAUGCCACAUUUUUGGUCAAUACUCAAAUAGAAACCCGUACUUAGUUAACUUGAGCUGUGUUAUCGGCCUCAGCGGCUGGCUUCCAUGUUCCAGGAUGUUAAGGAACCGAAUCGAAAGGUCCAAUGAGACUGUAAGUCGUGCAGCAUCAUUGCCCAUUUUGCUUUGUCAUGGAUCUGGGGAUGACGUUGUGGCUUAUAAACACGGAGAAAACUCUGCACGUACAUUAAGUUCAGCUGGAUUCCAAAACCUAAUGUUUAGAUCAUAUGGAGGGCUCGGGCAUUACACCACCCAGGAAGAGAUGGAUGAAGUUUGUCGCUGGUUAGCUGCACGAUUGGGGCUUCAGGGAUCGUAAACUGAGAAAUCCGUGAGGCGGUUUGGGGGUAUACGUGAGAAGAAAUCAAAAUAAAACAUUAGUAGCUAUGACAGGUUGAAGAAGUAUUACGAAUAGGAUAGAAAUACUGUGUAAAAUAACAGUGUGUUUUCCUUUGUAUUCCUGGUGGUGCAUUGUGACUUUAAUGUUUGAGAUAAAACUUUUUGCUCA